CGCACCAGGGGAAACUUCUUUGUCCUGGAUCUAUCACAACUUUGCUUUCUUCGUUCCAGGAAAAUCGGCGAAGAAGGAACCCCAGGAAAAUCUCGGAUCUAUCGCGCCCAAACAGAAGCUUCCUUCUUCGUCCAGGAUCUAUCGCGUGCAAAACAGGUAUCUUUCUUCCAUCUUCACUGAGGAAACACUCAAAAUUAGGUAUGUUUCGAAAAUUUUAUGUAUAAUCGAACUAAAUCCGGGAUUGAUAUUACGUUUCUUUCCAAAACAGUAUUUUAAUUUUUCAUUUUUGAAAAAAAAACUCAAAUCAUACGCUGAUUCUUCGCGUCAAUUAUGAAAUCUACAUCCGCUUAUUCAUCAGCUUCAAUUCGAGAUCCAGGUUUGUUUCCAAAAUUCAUAUGCAAUUCUUAUUCAAUUCAUAACUUCGUUUAUUCAGAUUCUGGCCUCUCGAAUUCCAUAUACCCUUCCGAAUCUGGGUUCCCGAUUUCACCAAAUGUUUUUGCUAAAAUCAUCUAUUAUGAAUCCUGGCUUGAUUAGAACUGUAUUACGUGUAAUUACAUUAGGGAAAUUGACAAUUACUUCAAUGGUUUCAAGCAGCUGAAAGGCAUGUUUCUGCUUUGGAAACACAUGCCACGCCAUCUGAUGAUUGGCUACUUGAUGGGGAACCUAUGACUAACGAUCUGCAGGAAUAAAAUACAAUAGUGAUUAUCCUCCAACUGCAGAAGCUUAUCAAAAACUGCUGCAGGAGAAUGUUUUACCUCUCAUAUAUCUCUUCUUCACAUGAAUUCCCAGACGAAGAAAGCCACUCAACAUCUAAAAAAUUUGAAAAGUUGGAAUCUGUGCGUUCAAGUGACUGCUCAUCUUGGGUUUCCAUGAAAAGCACCUUGCCAGACAUAGUGGGGGUAUACCUGUAUAUGAAGCAAAGUGAUACUAUUUUAAUGAAUUGCUCAAAGUUUGCAGGAGAGAAAAUUAGAGUUGGAAGUGGUAGAACGUAGAAGAAUAGACAUCACACAUUAUGACAGAUCACUUAGAAGUUUGGCAGGGUAAUCUGCUAAUUCUUCGCAAAGAUUAUUCCCCAAAGUUACGCAGAUUUUUCCCGAUUAUUCUUCGCCAAAGGAAGGAGUUCUACACCCACUCAUUAUUCCUUGCCGAGAAUCCUUAAUUCCGAAUGAAAACAUAGUGAAUGGAAACAUGAAAUUUACGCCGGCUAUCUUCUCUUCUUCGCCGAAAAUUCAGAUCUGAUUCCCUUCUCCUUCUCCUUCUCCUUUGUUUAUCCAUGGAUAUCAAGGCAAAAAGUUGUAAUUCCACGUUCUGCAUCAACAGCGGUCAGACCAAGAAAGCUGUCAUCGGAUCAAUAAUGAAGUGGAAUUACUUGGUAAGCUAUUAUUAUCAAAAUUCUUAUUAUUAAAUAGAGAAGAGAAAUUGUAUUAUUGGUCAGAUUGUAUUCUUUUCUGAUUUUUAAUCCUAUGCCAUAUUAGCAGAAUUCUAUUUAUACAUACAAAUUUCUCUAAUUUUCCUUCAAAUGUCGGAUCUAGAGAUUGUUUGGUAGUUGUUAUCCCAAGUCCCAACAUUCAUGCACCAUCUUAA